GCUUAGGGCUUCACUAAAUCAGUAACACUUCCAUCGUCAUGUCGAACCACCUCUACGGCUAUACCUCCACCGCUUACGGCGGUGGCGCCGGAAACUCCCGAUCUGCCGCCGACGCCUCAUUGCUCGCCAUUUCUUCUAGGUACUUGGCGGCUGACCAGCUCUCCUCUUCUUCCUCCCUCUCCUCCUCUUCGCUGCUCUACAACCCCGAGAGCUACUCUAGAAUCCCCGCCCUCCCCUCCACCACCUCCUUGAACUCAUACAGACCACCUGGUGUCGAUUUGGCUGCUGCAGGUGUCCCCACCGACCCACUUUAUGCUGGUGUGAAGCGCACUUCAGCUGAAUCACUCUAUCACCAGACUCUUUUGGGUGCGUAUAACAAGAUUGGGCAAACUGAUGCUUGGUAUUCAUCGAACCCUUUAGCCAAGCGCACUAGAUAUGAGAGUACGGGCCAUUUUCCCAUAUACCCCCAGAGGCCCGGUGAGAAGGACUGUGCCUUUUAUAUGCAAACAAGAACCUGUAAAUUUGGAGAGAGCUGCAAGUUUGACCAUCCUGUUUGGGUCCCAGAAGGGGGAAUCCCUGAUUGGAAAGAGAUCCCAUUGGUGUCUAGUGAAGCCCUUCCCAAGAGACCUGGCGAAAUAGAUUGUCCUUUCUUCUUGAAGACCCAAAAAUGUAAGUUUGGUAUUAGGUGCAAAUUCAACCACCCUAAAGAUAGCAUCCAGCCUGCUUUUCAGGGUGCUCCUGAGGAAGGUGGCGUCUCUGUCUUACCUGAGAGACCGUCAGAGCCUACAUGUUCCUUUUUUGUGAAGACUGGAAAAUGUAAAUUUGGUUCAACCUGCAAAUUUCACCACCCCAAUGCAGUCCUGAUUCAAUCAAUUGUGGAGGAGAAUAUUAAUGGGCUGCAGAAGAACAUACUUGGAGAGAACAAGGCAGUGCAAACAUCUUUUGCCCCUGCUCUGUUGCACAACUCCAAGGGCCUUCCAAUCAGACCUGGUGAAGAAGAUUGCCCAUUCUAUUUGAGAACUGGCAGCUGCAAGUACGGAACCACAUGCCGCUACAACCAUCCGGACAGAUAUGUGAUCAAUCCACAAGCUGCUACUACUUCUUCUCUUCUUACCUCACCCUCAGCUCGUUACGGUCUUGGCGUUGCUUCUCCGGCAGCAUCUCUGUUGCCAAAUUUUGAUCCAAGGCUCUCUCAAACUAUGGUUGGUUUGACUGCAACUAUUUUCCCUCAACGACCUGGACAACAGGAAUGUGAUUAUUACAUGAAAAAUGGGACAUGCAAGUAUGGGAAUAACUGCAAGUUUCACCAUCCCAUCGAUCGGUCAGCACCCACUGCAUCAGCAACAGGGUCUCCACAGCAAAAUGUGAAACUAACUCUUGCUGGCCUGCCAAGAAGAGAGGGUGCUAUCAACUGCCCAUAUUACAUGAAGACUGGAGCAUGCAAGUACGGGGCAACGUGCAAGUUUGACCACCCGCCUCCUGGAGAGGUGAUGGCGGCGGCCAUGGCAACAGCUUCUGCAGUUGGUGAAGGCAAACAAAAUGGAGAUGUGUAAAUCAGUAGUCAUAGUCCACUUAUCUACCCUCUUUUUCCCUAAAGAAUUGUAGUAUUAGGCUAUUGUAUCAACUUGAUGUUCUUCAAGCAUUUGAUUAAUCAGAAGCUUGUUUAUUGGCCUCUAA